UAACGGGUCAGAUUCGGUGUUGUUAUGGUACUGUUUUUAUUUUGCGCAAAAUAAACUUUGUUUGUUUGCAGUUGUAUUUUGCUGGAGGUGAUUCGUGCAGCAAACACUUUGGGACGUACGGAUUAGUCGAUUAGUAAACAUCGGAUUGUUAGGUGGUACGAAUUUUCCUCCGAAAUGAAUCGCUGCAACAGGGCCGCGGCGGGUUGUGUGUGAGGUUUUUUUUCGUGAACAGCGAAAAAGGUAUGAAAAAAAUCCCGGCUCCAAGAUUAAUCUGUUUACUGAAAUCAACUUCCGGAUGUCGUUCGGUGCGCGGAAUGCCCCCGGCAAAGGUGCAGCAGUGAAUUAAUCAGUGUAACGAGAACGGCAAAUAAGACGGCACCAAAUUGGUUGAUCUCGUAUCCCGGGGCAGGCUCAAACGGCCAAGGCAACAAGAGCACGACACGUGGCACAUCCAGUCGAGUGAAAAAUUGGGAAAACAAGUUUUAUCAAAGCACAAACGACGAUGGCUUUCCGCCAGGAGUAGUGAAGUGGAUAAGUGUGAGGUCCGGAAGAAGAUCGAAGAAACGACCUGUCCCUAAUUGGAUUAAUUGAGAGUGAAAGGGUUCCUAGUGUCCAGUUUAGCAUCGGCCAGUGUUAGGGGUGCCUGGCUAAUGUCUGAUUGGUGCAAAUUCCCUUAGCGCUGAAGGUGGAUGUUCGAACACCUCCAACUAGCCUCUUCUCUCGCCGUUCGAAUGUCCUCCUCCUAACUAACGGCACAUUUGUUUGUGAGAAAUGGCCCCGGAAAACUACUAAAGGUGAGCUCUUCCGAAAAUGCUUCAUGCUCAUACGGAAUCGUCCUGCUCCAGUAGUUAGCUAGUUGGGAUUGAUGAGGAAGCAAACAGAAAUAAUGAAGUGCAAUUUUUGUUACCUUACUACUACUUCUUCGACUGCCGGUGGCAGAAGCUGGACUUCAGCAAUUGGUCCAGAACGGCUGGCGAUGGCCAUCCGUAAGAAGAUGCUGAUGCUGUUUGCAAUGUUUGUGCUAUUUGGAAUGUCCGGGCAGCCGGUUGUCGGAUACAGCAGCGAUCCACAUUUGUUUGAAAAUAAAGACGGUUACAUAAUAGGCAACUACCUGCACGCCUCGGAGCAGGACAUCCGGGAUUUUUUCUGGACCGGAUCCGGCGAUGGCCCAGCACUUAAUCCCUUCGACCGGUUUCCAAUCAGUGAAGACGCAAUCAUUAAAACUGCCACGGUGGUCGCAACGGUUUACAUCGAUCGGAGCAAUGGGGACGGGGAAGGAGCUGGCAGAGGGCAGGACGAUUUGUGCAUCUUCGAUUGUCCUCCGGGAAGGGGAGGAGGUCCGACGGGGUCUCGGGGUCCACCAGGAUUCGGAACCGGAGACCAUUCGAUUGACAAUGUCACUCCGACGGAUCGGCGCUACUGGCUGAUGACGGUCGUCGGGGGAAUGUUCGGUAAGAAGGAUUAUCCGGAACUGGAAGGCAAACUAGCCAAGCUCUACCGGGUGGCGUUCUCGAGACAACAAGCGCUUCAUCUGGGCAUUAACAACAACACGCUGCACCUCCAAUCUCCGGCAGCCCGAGCUGAGAUUCUAGGCCGUUUGGAGCGAGUCAAAAGACGCACCCAGCCAGAUGGUCAAGAAGACUUCCAACGGCAUCAUCGUAGAAAAUCCCAGUGGCCGGAAGUGAGCAGGCGAGGGGACAUUCUGAUGGCAUCGAGUACUCGAGGCAGGAACGUGCUGGUCAAUGAAAAGGUCUUCAUGUAUGAGCGUUAUCGGCGGAGGCGAAGGAAAAAGAUUCACAAACGGGAUGUCGACGGUGACGGAGGGUCUGGAGAUGUUCCGGACUAUGAUUUACCGGAGCAACAGGAGAACAGCCACUGGAAUCAAUCCCAUCAGCAGAUGGCCACCAAGAAUGAUUCUCAGACUGGAGACUCAGAGAAAGAAGUACGGUUGCAGCAACUACAAAGCAGCCAAAACAGAAGUAGCAGCACAUCGGAUUCAGCGGCCAUUCAGGAGGACCCGAACCCGGAUGAUGGCGGCAGCAGCAGGACGAGACCACUUACGCGUAAUUAUGACAAGGACGCUUACUCGAGGACGCCAACGACGAGCACGACGGAACGCCAAGUGCGGAUUCUGAUACACAACACCACCCACUUGAGGGAGAGCGAUCUGGAUGAGGAUGGCGGAGGAGGAAUCGGGAUGGAUGGGGGCGACUCGAACAGAUCAAAUCAGCUGCUGAACCAGACCGAAAUCAUCUACUCGGUCUUCGUCGGCGGACAACCCGUGUUGGCCACAACAGCAGCCGAGGACAUGAAGCUCCUAUCCCAGGAAGAGAUGGAACGAGUGAUGCAAGUGCCGGUUUACUUGAAAGCGGAUCCUUACCUGAAGGAGCCCCAGGCCACUCCACUCAUUCCCAGCACCCACAAUGGCAACUCCAACGUGAUUGCCCUGAUCGGAGAAAAUCCGACCGUUUUUGCCGUUUCCUGUGUGGCGGCGACGCUCUUCCUGGUGCUGCUGAUCGGGAUUUUUCUGGUGGCUCGCGGCAAACGGAAACACAUUAGUGAGCUGAAAAAGUUAGAGUCCACUCAAGCACUGGUGAUGCCCGGUGGAGGUGCCGUAGACGAUCUUCACACGGGUCGUUCGGAAAGCGGCAGCAGUCACUUGACCCCCUACAGUCGGGACCCGUCGGCCGUCAGCGUAAUCGGUUCGAUGCAGCCCCAGAAACCUUCCCCGACGAUUCACUUUCCGUUGCCGCCGAUGUCCAGGCCCACCUCCUCUUCCAGCUAUUCGUCGGAUUCAUCGGUUUACUACCCGAAGCGUAAGCUCAAACACCACACCCAGGAACUGCUGGACGAACGGGCGGUGACGCUGACGAACAAGCUGCAGAAGCAGUUCGGGGCCUUGGCAGUCGGCACGGAAAACGUUUAUGCUUCGGUCCAAAAGCCGAAGAAAGAACAUCCACACAAGAGGCGCCGGAAAUAUCUGGGGUCCGAGAAUCGGGUAGGAUCGUUUGAGGAAGCGCAAGGCGGAGGCGGCGAUCGACACCAUCUGAGUCCGGCCCAUUUGGCAAGCACCAGUAACAGCGAACAGUCGUACGAUACGCGACCGGAGGCCAAGGGAGGAGGCCAGUUCGAACACAACGAAACAUUCAACACCGACGUGAUCAUGAAGCACUACCUAAAGAAGAAGACGGGACACUACAACGGUGGGUUUACCAUGGAGCAGAUACCGGUGGAGGCAUACAACAAGGAUCGGAUCAGGUGCCUUGCAUCGGUGGACACUGGAAGUAUAGGGUCGUACUUGAGUAUGGCUUCUGUAAAGAGUUUCCCGAGGUGCUUCGUACCGGAACCGUUGAGUCGGGUGCUGGAGCCGGUGACGAUGACCCAUCUGGACACUUCGGAAGGUUACAACGGCGAUGGGGGAAAGUCAACCACUCCGGGUACGGCAUCGACCAGUCAGUACAAUACUGACACGGAGAUACAGCUUUCGCGAACGCAGAGUGACGGCGCAGAUCCGGGAGUCGUGGGACCAAUCGUUUGGCAAAUGCACAAAAAGGACAUGGAAGAAAUAACGAGCCCCAUGCGUGAUCCAGUAGUGACCAGGAACCGCUUCGAGGGUCUUCUGGAGGGAGCCAUCCAGCUUUACUCGGAACCAGUCGACCGGGAGGAAGCAAACAAAAACUCCAUUCCCCUUCCAGGAGUAAUUCGCCCUCCGCCGGUAGAACACCGUGGCAAAUCGGCUGCCGUUGUAAGAUCAACUCGCAGGGAAACGUCCCGUGCAUGCUCGGCAACCGUUCGACGCCCGGUGACGGCGGCAAGUCAGCAACAGGCCCGCAAUAAGUUGGAAAGUUCGGGACCUCCUUCGCCCGGAAGAGGCGCCUGGAAUAGCGGAGCUCAUUCACCUUUGGUCCGGCCGAUGAGCGCAGGGCCCUUCCACACUCCCAAGGCUCAUCCCCAGAUGGAUAUCACCCGGGUCGUUGCUCCGGCGUCGGUCCUUCAAUCUACGGAACUUUCGGCAGCUCCGUUGCUGCAGAAUAUCAUGCAUGAACUAAAGCGAUUCCAGAAGGAAUGAUUAGUACCAACCUCUAGCUAAACUUUUGAACCAACAUAAAGAAGAUGAGUCGGUGUAACAAUUCACUGCUAAAUACUGCCAGUUUUGUGGUAGAUACCUAGACACAAACAUAUUGUACCUACCUUUUAGAGUGGCUCAAAUAAGUAUGAGGCGUUUAUCAAA